CAGAUUCUAGGUGCUACCUAUAUUACUUGUCUCAUGACUCUUUCAUCCAUCUUCAAAGCCAGAAACAUAGCUACUCUUGUCAUUCUUUACUGGUUACAUCUCCCUCUGACUGUAGCCAGGGAAGAGCCUGUCUUAUCUAAAUAAUACAGGAUGGUCAUCCCUUCACAAGAUCUUAAAUUUAAACAGAUUUGCAAAUAAUUUUUUUGCCAUGUAAGGUAACACAUUUACAGAUUUUGGGACAUCUUUGAGUAGCCAUUAUUCUAUCACAGGUUGGUGACUUGGAAGAAAAUUCUCCAUCCUAACAGUACCACCCACCUGUGGUCAAAGGAGGGCAUAUGAAAGUCUUUACAGCAGAAGUUUAGGCCUCACUGAUUUGAUGCUUGAACUCAAGACAAGAGUUCUCUCUGUACAUACAAAAGCCACUUGAAAAUAGAACUCAAGUGUUUUAUAUCACAUAGCCUAUUUCUUCAGUUUUGAGAAUUUGGUCUCCAGUUCCACCAAAAAAUGUAAGACUCAGUGAACGCAUGGUGGCGCUAUAGGCCAAGAAGAUGGAAAACAACAAUUGCUUCUGCAACUCCAGUUUGCCAGCCAGUUUCCUGCCGCCUGGAAGCAAAAGAAAAGCUUUCUCCGCCAGAGCAAAAGCGAGUGUGAUAUCUUUAAACACUCUAUUUAGCCUCCUGAUUCUGGCGUUCUGGACUGCAGGACAGCUCUACCAAGACCCUGGGUACACGUGAAUCUCCUGAACCAAAAUUUCCAGGAAAGAGCAAUGGAGAUUGAAUGGCUGCAAAAUCGGAGACAAAGGCAAGUCUUACUUUUCUUUGUUUUGCUGAGCUUGUCUGGGGCAGGCGCUGAGUUGGGACCAUAUUUGGUAGUGGAAGAAACGGAGAGGGGUUCCUUAGUGGCAAAUCUAGUGAAAGACCUGGGGCUGCAGUUGACAGAGAUGUCCACCCGCAGGGCCCGGAUCAUUUCCCAAGGAGACAAAGAGCAUUUGCAGCUCAAAGUUCAAACUGGGGAUUUGCUCAUAAAUAAUAAAUUAGAUCGAGAGGAGCUAUGUGGGCCCACUGAGCCUUGCAUACUAAAUUUCCAAGUGUUAAUAGAAAAACCCUUAAAGAUAUUUCAGGCUGAACUGAGGGUGAAAGACAUAAAUGAUCAUUCUCCUGUGUUCCCUGAAAAAGAAAUACUUCUUAAAAUACCGGAAAACAGUCCCCUAGGAAAUGUGUUCCCUCUGAAUAAUGCUCUGGACUUGGACGUAGGAAGCAAUAAUGUUCAGAACUAUAAAAUCAGCCCCAACUCCCAUUUCCGCGUUGUUACCCACGAGCGCAGCAAUGGCAAGAAAUACCCUCAACUGGUUUUGGAAAAAGAGCUGGAUCGGGAGGAACAGCCUGAAUUAAGAUUAACCCUGACAGCUCUGGAUGGCGGCUCUCCACCGCUGUCUGGAACAGCAGAGGUCCAUAUCGAAGUGAUGGACACCAACGAUAAUGCCCCUGAGUUUCAGCAGUCAAUCUACAAGGUGCAAAUUCCUGAGAACAGCCCGGUAAGCUCUCUGGUAGUCACUGUCUCCGCCAGUGAUUUAGACAGCGGGAUCAAUGGGAAAAUAACAUAUACACUCUUUCAGCCUUCAGAAGAUAUUAGCGAAACUUUGGAGCUAAAUCCUAUGACAGGAGAAAUUAGACUUAGAAAACAAGUAGAUUUUGAAAGAGUCCUGUUUUAUGAAGUGGACAUCAAGGCUACAGACGGAGGAGGUCUUUCAGGAGAAUGCACUCUUCUCCUGCAGGUGUUGGAUGUAAAUGAUAACCACCCUGAAGUGGCCGUGUCUGCACUCAACAGUCCCAUUCCUGAAAACUCCCCGGAGAUGGUAGUUGCUGUUUUCAGAGUUUCAGAUCCUGACUCUGGGAACAACGGAAAGACGAUUUCCUCCAUUCCGGAAGACCUGCCCUUUCUUCUAAAACCUUCAGGCAAGAACUUUUACACCUUGGAAACAAAGAGAGCACUAGACAGAGAAGAAAGAGCGGAAUACAACAUGACCAUUACUGUCACAGAUAUGGGGACACCCAUGCUAAAAACUCAGCUUAACAUAACAGUGCAGGUAUCAGACGUCAAUGACAACGCCCCUGCCUUCUCGCAGACGUCCUACACGCUGUCGGUGCGCGAGAACAACAGCCCCGCCCUGCACAUAGGCGGCGUCAGCGCCACAGACAGAGACUCAGGCAGCAACGCCCAGCUGACCUACUCGCUGCUGCCGCCCCAGGACCCGCACCUGCCCCUCGCCUCGCUGGUCUCCAUCAACGCGGACAACGGGCAGCUGUUCGCGCUGAGGGCGCUGGACUUCGAGGCCCUGCAGGCGUUCGAGUUCCGCGUGGGCGCCACAGACCACGGCUCGCCCGCGCUGAGCAGCCAGACGCUGGUGCGCGUCGUGGUGCUGGACGACAACGACAACUCGCCCUUCGUGCUCUACCCGCUGCAGAAUGCCUCUGCGCCCUGCACCGAGCUGGUGCCCAGGGCGGCAGAGCCGGGCUACCUGGUCACCAAGGUGGUGGCGGUGGACGGAGACUCGGGCCAGAACGCCUGGCUGUCGUUCCAGCUGCUCAAGGCCACGGAGCCCGGGCUGUUUGGCGUGUGGGCGCACAAUGGCGAGGUGCGCACCGCCAGGCUGCUGAGCGAGCGCGACGCGGCCAGGCACAGGCUGGUGGUGCUGGUCAAGGACAAUGGCGAGCCGCCGCUGUCUGCCAGCGUCACGCUGCACGUGCUGCUGGUGGAAGGCUUCUCGCAGCCCUACCUGCCGCUGCCGGAAGUGGCGCCCGAGCGCGCGCAGGUCGACUCGCUGACAGUCUACUUGGUCAUCGCCCUGGCCUCGGUGUCAUCACUCUUCCUCUUUUCGGUGCUGGUGUUUGUGGCGGUGAAGCUGUGCAGGAGGAGCAGGGCGGCGCCGCUGGGUGUGUGCUCUGUGCCUGAGGGCCACUUUCCUGGUCACCUGGUGGAUGUCAGUGGCACUGGCACCCUGUCCCAGAGCUACCAGCAUGAGGUGUGUCUGAAGGAAAGUUCUGUGACCAGCGAGUUUAAGUUCUUGAAACCCAUUAUACCCGUCCACCCACCAGAGUGCCAUGGGAAAGAAAUAGAAGAAAAUUCUAUCUGCCACAAUACUUUUGGAUUUAAUUAUUAAUAGAAUCCAUUUAAUAAAGGCAUUUACCCACGGGCUCCCUGUGCUGGUGUUUGAAACAGGGCUUCAAAUGCUAGACAAGCACUCUACACUGCCCUUCAAGCCCAGAUCUUUAGUUUUUGAGAUGGAUCCUGUCUGAAUUGUUCUGGUUGAACAGCAACUUCAACCUGUAUCUGCCUGCUUCAGCCUUUGAAGUAGCUGAGAUUACAAGUAUAUGCCGACAUGUCAGGCUGUCAUAAAUGUUUUAAUACUGUCUUGUUGGUUUCAAUUGUUUAUGCCAUUACCAUGAAUAAUUAAGAACUAUUUAAUUUUCAGUUUAAUUCAUUAUUAGUUAACUACAUAGCUUUUCCUUUAUGUGUACUCAAUUGUUUCUCAUAGACUCUUAAUGAGCCAAUCUUUAAAGCUGACAUCAUUUUAAACUUUUCCUAUAUAUUUUUUAUUGGCUUUAUUAUCUCCACAUAUUUCAUGUUGGUUCUCCUUUUUCUAGACUUCUGCAAUUAUUAAAACAUUCUGCUGCAUGGGAUGUGCAUAUAUACUAUUUGAUAUUCUAUUUUCCUUUCUAAAUUGGUAUUCUUUUGAUCUGUCAUCCUUUCAUUAUUACAGAUUUCUUAAACUAUAUUACUUUUUAAAGUUUUUUCCCUGUUGAUGUAUCUGCAUUUAAGAUAUUUCUGUUGUAAGUGGUAUGAUAUUGAAUCAGCCUAACCUGAAAAUAAGAAAAGUCAUUGUAAGAUAUUGAGUGUUUGUGAAUGUGCUUAAGUUCAAGUUUGUAAGACAAAGGCAAACUUCAGGCAUUCUACAGAAUCACAUGGAAAUUAUUUAAUAAUUUAUUACUUUUAAUUGUGUGUGAAAAAGUCAGAAGUUCCUGUUAAGUUUUAUUGGCUAGCCAUCUAGUUCCAUUCAGCUGAAAAAAAAAAUUAGUUUAUAUAAUGUGGCUUUUAUAUUUAGCAGAGUAGUGGGGUUUUGUUUUUUGUUUUUGUUUCUUGGCAUUAUGUAGCCUUUUCUGUGUGCAACAUUCCUAGAUUCACUGGACUUAAUUUAUAUCACUUACUUGUUAUGGGAAAUCAUAAUAUCUAGAAGAUUAUCUUUCUAGGUAUUAGUCCUUCAAAUAAAAUUCUCUGUGAGCAAAUGG